CCUUUCAUUCUUCAUUCAUAAACUUGGUGACGUGGGUUUAUUUCCAAUAUACAAGUAUAAGGUUCAAUUUGUAAAUAUAACAAAAUAUUGGGAAAAAACAAAACAGUGGGCCAAGAAUUACAAAAUUACCAUGAACAUGAGAGAGUGAGAGAAGAUCAACCAAUCAAUCAUAAAUCUAUGUGUGUACCACAUGCAUUACUACUGUUGACUCGUUCCGAUUUAGUGAAAAAGGGUAAAGUAUAAAUCAAGCCGGCGAAUCUUCUUUCGUUUUCCGGCACCGAUCGCGGUGGAUCUCCGAUUUAAAUGGCGGCGGACAAUGCGUAUCUGAUGCAGUUUGUCGACGAAACCUCCUUUUACAACCGAAUCGUUUUGAGUCAUCUUUUGCCGGCGAAUCUGUGGGAACCCUUACCUCAUUUUCUCCAGACAUGGCUCCGAAAUUACCUCGCCGGAACCCUACUCUACUUCAUCUCCGGCUUCCUCUGGUGCUUCUACAUCUAUUACCUCAAAAUCAACGUUUACCUUCCCAAAGAUGCCAUUCCUACAAUAAAGGCUAUGCGUUUGCAAAUGUUUGUGGCAAUGAAGGCUAUGCCUUGGUAUACUCUUCUUCCAACUGUCUCCGAGAGUAUGAUUGAACGCGGUUGGACCAAAUGUUUCGCCAGCAUAGGCGAAUUCGGCUGGAUCCUCUAUUUUGUUUACAUCGCCAUCUAUCUUGUUUUCGUUGAGUUUGGUAUUUAUUGGAUGCACAGAGAGCUUCAUGACAUUAAGCCUCUCUAUAAGUAUCUCCAUGCGACCCAUCAUAUCUACAACAAGCAAAAUACACUCUCUCCAUUUGCCGGGCUUGCAUUUCACCCAGUUGACGGGAUACUUCAGGCUGUACCGCAUGUGAUAGCGCUGUUUAUAGUGCCAAUUCAUUUCACAACCCAUAUAGGUCUUUUGUUCAUGGAAGCGAUAUGGACAGCGAACAUCCAUGACUGCAUCCACGGCAACAUCUGGCCUGUAAUGGGUGCAGGAUACCAUACGAUACACCACACAACAUACAAGCAUAACUAUGGUCAUUAUACCAUAUGGAUGGAUUGGAUGUUCGGCUCCCUUAAGGAUCCUCUUUUAGAAGAAGAUGGCAACAAAGAUAGCUCCAAGAAAGCUGAGUGAGAAUGCCCACUUGUUUUUUUUUUUUAUAUUGCCGUCUUUUGUUCUGCUUGCUUGUUGUGGUCCUUUCUUGUUCGUUUUCUUCUUCAUGUGUCUCUCACAACCUUUCCAAUUAGUUUGUUACAAACAUUUGCUGUGUAGUUUAAAACAUGUAAAUGUUUGAUUUUUGCAAGACUCCAUUUUUGUUAAGGUAAACCUUGAAACAAAGAUUUUGACUUUUCUGUCAA